GUUGGGAAAGCUAUAGUUGUCUCUCUCCCUUGCCAUGGAAACCUUUCAGGAUAAAGUUGAAUCUAUCUUUAAAAACUUCUCAAAGUUAAAUAGUUUUAGUGAGAAGUUAGACGUGUUUCUCCAGUGCGCUGAAGUAAGAGAGUUUGUAAGAGAAAACCUGAAGAUCAACUCUUGUGAAAAAUCUCCACUGGAGUCUGCAAAACACAGAAAUCUGGGAAAUGAUUUGUUUAAAAGGAAGGAAGACGACCUCGCGCUUCAAGAAUACAAUAUUGCGGUCAACCUUGGGUCUCAUCUAGAUCAAACAUUAAGAAGAGGAGAAUACAAGAAAACUAUCCAAGACAUAGAUUUAGCGCUCGUCUAUGGGUAUCCAUCUAAUCUUAUCUACAAGGUUCUAGAGAGAAGAGCUAGGGCUUGUAUUGCUCUAGGAGACAGGACUGGAGCUCUUGAGGAUUUGAUUAAAGCCAGAGAUUCAAUUAAUCAAUCACAACAAGAGUGUGCAACGAAAACAUCAUCCCUUCAAACCAUUGAAUCACUGAUUAAAGAAGUAAAAUUAAAAAAGAACUCAUCACCUGCCCAACCUCCCCAACCUGUCCAACCUGCGAGGAGAAAACAUCCCAAGUUUGCAGGGUUUAAUGAUAUAGUUCAGGUUCAGUUUCUCCCCGGCUCAGGACGAUUUAUGGUUGCAGAUCGGGAUAUUCAGGUUGGAGAACUGAUUGGAACCGAGCGUCCUGCUGGCUCCGUGGUUCUUAAUGAUUCAGUUUCGGAGAAAUGUGAUAGCUGUCUUACAGACUGCUUACUUGCUCCGAUACCCUGUACCUCCUGUAUCACGGCACGGUACUGCUCCGUGGACUGCCGAACCCAGAGCAUGGAAUCCCAUAUGCUAGAGUGCGGGGUUCACGAGACUAUCUCCAGGGUAGUAUUGGAGAACCAGAUUCUUCCAUCCUUUCCUCAAUACUAUAGACUAGGGUUCAGGAUACUCGCUAGAGCAAGGAGAUGUUCUCAGGUUCUAGAAACUAUUCAAACAUUUCUAGACGAGGAGAGUUUGGAUUUCUCCAGAUCAGUUGAACAGCAGGAGAUGGAUUUCCUCUCUGUUUUGAACCUGUGCGGCUGGGAUGCCAAUGUAUCACUGGAAAAAGAUUUUUGGACUUUCAUUAUGGUUCUUCUUUACUUAGAGGUUUUCGAUGAAAAAGAUUUUUAUAUGUUGAGCGGAGAUUCUCAGGAAAUUUGGGGUUUAACUGAUAACCUUGGGAGAAACAUCAACAAAUUGAAAACUGGAGAACUCUUAUUCAGGAUUGUCAAGAUUGUACAGUACAACUGCCACUCUGUGAUGCAGUGUGUUCAUGACCAGGCAGGUUCCGAGUUCAGGAUGGAGAGUAUUGGAUCUGCUCUGUAUACAAGUCUAGCGUUCCUCAACCAUUCAUGUGAUCCUAACACCAUCAAGUACUUCGUUGGGAACACUGUGUUCCUGGUGGCUAGUAGACCCAUACUACAGGGUGAGGAAGUGACGGAUAAUUAUGGACCUCAUUUUAGUCUUUCCACUAGAAUCAGUCGUCAUAAUUGGCUCCAGGAGUACCAUGGUUUUAUCUGCAGUUGUACUGCAUGUACAUUAAACUAUCCAUUAGCAGAACAUCUACCGAGAACCAUAACCCGCUGUGUUUGCUCCUGUAGGAGUUUAAGACACGAAGAAAACCAGAAAGGAAAAGGAAGCCUGAAAGGUGAAGGAGGCCUGAAAGGAGAACUGGUAUUGAAAGGAGAUACCUGGAUUUGCAGUUGUGGGAAGAAAGUUUCAAAACAAUCUCUAGAGAACCAAGUAAAAUGUAUAAUGCAGCGGCUUAUAGAAACUGCAAAGGUUGAGUUUACUGGUGUAGAGGAGGGUAGAGUAGUAUCUGAAUACGCGUCCUGUAUCAGUUCUCUCUACUCCUAUAUCCGGCAUCCCUUCAACCUUCUCCUAACUGCAGAGAAGGUUUACUGGAAAGCGCUGAGAACAAUGCAUGGAAAUAAGAAAAAUAUUUCUAGUUUCUAAAAAUAAAAUUAAUCUUUGAAGAGA